GUGCCCCGAGCGCCCCUCCCCGCGCCCCCGGCCCGCUCGCGGAGGCCGCCCCGAGCGGAGCUUUGUGACGUCAGGCGGCCGGCGGGCGGCGUCACGCGCGGGGCUGACCCGGCGCGGGGCGGGGGCCGGGCCGGGACGCGGAGCAUGGAGCCGCGGGCCGGCUGCCGGCUGCCCGUGCGGGUGGAGCAGGUCGUCAACGGCGCGCUGCUGGUCACCGCGAGCUGCGGCGAGCGCAGCUUCGCCGGGAUCUUGCUGGACUGCACAAAAAAGUCUGGCCUCUUCGGCCUGCCCCCGUUGGCUCCGCUGACCCAGGCCCAGGACGUCCCUGUCAACGGCUGCCACGGCCCGUCCCCCGCGGAGGGAGACGCGGAGGCCAUGCCCCUGGGGACGGGCCCCCCGGAGCCUGAAGGCGGGGACGGGCCCCCCCAGCCGCCCCCGCCGCUGGUCCCGCCGCUGACGGCCGGAAGCCUGCCCCCGUUCCCGCCCUACUUCGAAGGCGCCCCGUUCCCGCCCCCGCUCUGGCUGAGGAACACCUACCGGCAGUGGGUGCCGCAGCCGCCGCCCAGGGGUGUCAAGAGGACCCGCCGGCGCCUGUCCCGCAACCGUGACCCCGGCCGCCUGGCCCUGAGCCCCAUCCGCCUGCGGCCGCGCCAAGUGCUGUGUGAGAAGUGCAAGAGCACCCAGAGCCCCCCGGAGGCCAGCCCCGGGCCCCCCGCCGCCCCCCGGCCGCGCAGGGAGCCCCGCAAGCCCGAGGAACCCGACGGAGGAGGCGACGCGGCCGCCGCCAAGAGGAGCAGGCGCGCGCGGCGGGAGGAGGCGCGGCCGGGGGUGCCGCGGAGCCCGGCCAUUAAGAUCUCCUACAGCACGCCCCAGGGCACCGGGGAGGUGGUGGAGAUCCCCCCACGCGUGCACGGCUCCCUGGAGCCCUUCUGUCCACCCCCGGCCUCGCCUGGAGGCCCGGACCCCGAGCCUCCCAGGGACCGGCUGGCCGCAGGCGCCCCCGCCUCCAUCCCCAAGCUGAAGCUGACGCGGCCCCUGCCCCCCGGGGCCGCCCCGCCGCCCCCCAAGAUCCGCCUGAAGCCGCGCCGCCUGGGGGCUGGCGAGCAGGAGCCCGUCUACAGGGCCGAGCUGGUGCAGGAACUCAAGGGCCAAGGGCCCCCGGCCGACGGCGCCGCCCAGCGCGGCGGGCUGGCGGACUCGUCCUCUGCGAGCUCUGGCGAGGACGAUGACUGCAAGGGGUGUCCCCGGGGUGCCCACGGACCUGACAAUGCUGGGCUGGCUUUCCUCGCCACCUGCCCCGGGAGAAGCGGCUGUACUGGCGAGCUGGCGUGGAGCAGCGACAGCCUGGAUGAGUCCAAGUCAUCCGGCUCGGACGGGACGUUGCCGGACACCUGCGACCUCUCGCCCGGCGAUGGCGUGCCCUCUUCAUCCAAGGGCACGAGGCCCACAGUCCCGCCCCUGACGGUCAGGCUGCACACGCAGAGCGUCUCCAAGUGCGUUACCGAGGACGGGAGGACCGUGGCUGUAGGGGACAUUGUGUGGGGUAAGGUUCACGGCUUCCCUUGGUGGCCAGCACGUGUCCUGGACAUUAGUCUUAGCCAGAAAGAGGACGGGGAGCCCUCCUGGCAAGAAGCGAAAGUCUCGUGGUUUGGUUCUCCAACUACGUCAUUUUUGUCAACCUCAAAACUGUCCCCUUUCUCUGAAUUUUUCAAACUGAGAUUUAACCGUAAGAAGAAGGGGAUGUAUCGGAAAGCUAUCACAGAGGCCGCCAAUGCCGCCCAGCAUGUGGCCCCAGAAAUAAGGGAGCUCUUAACCCAGUUCGAAACAUAACCCGGGUUCCCAGCCAGGUCACCAACGCUGAGGGAAGGGCUGUCCUCCCGCAGCUCUCAACGUCGCAGGCGUCCUUCACACCCCCGCCCCACCCGAGGACGCUGCGAGCCUUCUGGUUGGCUGUAUGCGGAGACCCCGCCCUCGGGGUCAGCCAGGUUCCGGACCUCUGCAGGGAGCCGGCGGGUCUGCCCGUGAGGACUGACCCCCGCCCGGCGCACAGCGGCUCUUCUCGGCCAAAUGUAUUUAUUCCCACCACACAGUCUCGAGCUUUUCUGGUUCCUCAGAGGCCGGAGUCCAGCAGGGAGGGCAGCCCCCCGAGGACAGAGUGCCCGGCACCUCCCUGCCGGCCUGGGCACGAGCAGCUGCGCGUGGCGGGCCGCCGCCGCCCCCCGCGAACCCUGACUUGCCCCGGGCUCCCAUCCCGCCAGGCACGCGGUCUCCGCCCGUCCCAGGCUGCCGCUCUGCAGUCAAACUGCAACAUGAAAAGAAUAAACACCUCACCUGUC